GGGCUAGGAGGCACUUUCCCUCUCUGGGGCAACAGAAGUUGCUACCCUAUGUGGGGAAUUGCAGUUUAGUGGUAGAGAACUUCUCUGGGAUAGGAGGGACCCUAGGUUUCAACCCCAGCACUGCUAUAAACAAAGUAAUCAUCUGCCAGGUGUUGGUGGUGCGUGCCCUUAAUCCCAGCACUCGGAAGGCAGAGGCAGGUGACUCUCUGUGAGUUCCAGGCUAGUCAGGGCUACACAAAGAAACCCUGUCUCGAAAAACAAAAACAAAACAAAGAAAGAUUUAUACUCCUACUCUCUUUGGUGGCAGAUGCAAAGUCAUUCCCGCAUCAUGAGGGCAGAGAUCUCAGGUCCAGGGCAACUGGUCCUGGCUUCCCUAUGGUAGAGGUAGAUUGGUCUGGAACCUUGUGGAUAUUUCUAGCCUGAAUUGAGCAAGGUGCCACAAGGCCUGGAGUUCACCUGUCCAUCUUGUAACUAGUAAGGUCCCCACUGUUCCGGAUGUUGAGUGCCAGCUUACUGUGUCUAAACUGUUAACUGCAAGUAGGGGCUGCCCUACUGGACUGCCCACAACCUGGAUGUAGAGACUGGCAGUAGGAGACAGCAGGCUGCCCAAGAGCCCCACAGUAGGUCGGUGGGCCAGCCUCGGCUAGUAGACCUAGGUCUUCUGGAGAUCGUCCCAUCCCACAGCUGCUGCCGCUGUACAGACACAUUCUGUCUUCAAGGGCUAGACACCACUUAAGCUUGGGCAUCGCAGCUGUUGGCCAGCAGCAGCCAUGAACUACGUGGGGCAGUUGGCAGAGACGGUGUUUGGAACAGUUAAGGAACUAUACAGGGGCCUAAACCCCGCCACGUUGAGUGGCGGCAUCGACGUGCUGGUGGUGAAGCAGACAGAUGGCUCCUUCCGCUGCUCACCCUUCCAUGUACGGUUCGGCAAGCUGGGUGUCCUGCGGUCCCGGGAGAAGGUGGUGGACAUUGAAAUCAAUGGAGAGCCCGUGGACCUGCACAUGAAGCUGGGGGACAGUGGCGAAGCCUUCUUCGUCCAGGAGCUGGACAGUGAUGAGGAGGACGUGCCUCCUCGCCUGUGCACCUCGCCCAUCCCAUGGGGAGGCCUGUCAGGCUUGCCCUCAGACUCCCAGCUGGGCACAGCCAGUGAGCCUGAGGGCCUUGUCAUCACUGGGCGGAGAAAGAGGAGGCGCAGGAGGAAAGCCAGGCGCAGGGAGGAUGCUGUGGACUCCAGUUCUGAGGAGUUGGAGCCCGGUGCUGAGAGUGAGCUGCCCUUGCAGGAAAAGCCAACACCAGAGUCCCCAAGUGCUCAGGAGGAAGAGGAGUCUUCAUUGCAGCCUAAGGACAUCUACCCUUACUCUGAUGGCGAGUGUACCCCACAGGCCAGCCUUCCAGCAGGUGACCUAAUGUCCCCCAAGAGUGACUCCGAGCUGGAGCUGCGGUCCUUGGAGCCCAGUCCCCUGAGAGCUGAGUCUCACAUGCAGUGGGCCUGGGGGAGACUGCCUAAGGUGGCGAAAGCUGAGCUGCUUGAGUUGUCUAAGGUCCUUGACAGUAUGGCCGAGGCAAUCUCUGCUCUUCCUGAAGAACCGGAACCUAGCACUUCGUCUUCCUCCUCUGUGACUGGUGUGGACACUUUGAGACCCCCAGUGCUUCCGCCCAGGGCCAGCACUGAGACAGCACAUCCCGAUGCAGAAACGCACUGUGAGGAAACUCUAGUGGAUUCUCCCCUUGCUGCCCCAGAGAGUAAGGAAACCAAGACUCAGAAUUCCAGGGGUGCGGGUCACCCUCCUGCCACUAAAUCCUUGAGCUGGACCACUCUGGAGAGCCACAUUCCCUCUGGACAUCCAGAAGGCUCCAAGGGAAAAGGUCCCCUGAAGAGAAACUACCACCUGGGCCCCAGUGACAUCUACCUGGAUGACCUCUCCUCCCUGGACUCUGAGAACGCAGCCCUUUAUUUCCCCCAAAGUGACUGUGGGAUGGGGGUCAGGAGGUGGAGUGAGCCCAGCCACCAGAAGCUCCUGGAGAACCCCAACCCUGAGCACAUAGAAGAACCCACUUUGGAUUCCGUGGACAAAAUAGCGCUGUCCCUCUGUGGUGGACUGGCUGACACUCGCGACAUCUCCCUGGAGAAGUUUAACCAGCACAUGGUAUCCUAUGAGGACCUCAUUAAAAAUCCCGGGCUCCUGGAUGACCCAAACCUCGUGGUGAAAAUCAAUGAGAAGCAUUAUAACUGGGCUGUAGCUGCCCCCAUGAUCCUUUCUCUGCAAGCCUUCCAGAAGAACUUACCCGAGAGCACUGUGGACAAGCUUGAGAAGGAGAAGAUGCCCCGGAAGGGUGGGCGAUGGUGGUUUUCCUGGAGGCGCAGGGACUUCCCAGCUGAGGAGCACCGUGCCCAGAGGGAGAAAACCGCAGCUAGGCAACAGCAGGGAGAGAAGACAGAAGUCCUAAGUAGUGAUGACGAUGCCCCAGAUAGCCCUGUGAUCCUUGAAGUCCCCCCACUGCCAGCCUCAACUCCAGGCUACAUUCCUACCUACAAGAAGUCCCUGCGACUGUCUUCUGAUCAGAUCCGGUGUCUGAACCUGCAUGAAGGAGCUAACGAUGUGGUCUUCAGUGUGACUACCCAGUACCAAGGCACCUGCCGUUGCAAAGCCACCAUCUACCUGUGGAACUGGGAUGACAAGGUGGUCAUCUCUGACAUAGAUGGCACCAUCACCAAGUCGGAUGCUCUGGGCCACAUUCUGCCCCAGCUGGGGAAAGACUGGACACAUCAGGGCAUCACAAGUCUCUACCACAAAAUCCAUCUAAAUGGGUACAAGUUCCUGUACUGCUCAGCACGGGCCAUCGGUAUGGCUGACCUCACCAAGGGGUACUUGCAGUGGGUGAGCGAGCAUGGCUGUGGCCUUCCUAAGGGCCCCAUCCUGCUGUCUCCCAGCAGCCUCUUCUCUGCCCUCCACAGAGAGGUGAUCGAGAAAAAGCCAGAAGUGUUCAAGGUUGCCUGCCUGAGUGACAUCCAGCAGCUGUUUCUGCCCCAAGGCCAACCUUUCUAUGCUGCCUUUGGGAACAGGCCAAAUGAUGUUUUUGCCUACCAGCAAGUGGGCCUCCCUGAAUCUCGAAUCUUCACAGUCAACCCCCGGGGAGACCUUGUUCAGGAGCUCAUAAAGAACCACAAAUCCACGUACCAGAGGCUCGGGGAGGUGGUUGAACUUCUCUUCCCACCCGUGGUGCGUGGCCCCAGCACAGACCUGGCCAACCCUGAAUACAGCAACUUCUGCUAUUGGCGGGAGCCACUGCCACAUGUGGACUUUGAUGCCCUAGUAUGAGCCUACCCAGGGCUGACCCAGGACUGACAGGGUGCUAAGGACACCAAGUAUUAGAAGAUGAGUCCCAUGGGGCCAGUCCAACAAAGGGGCAGCAAGUUGGUUGGCAGUCAGAGAUUCUCCCUUCUUGAAACACAAAUGCUGUCUCUUCGGUGUGAUUACUCAGUACCAGGGCAUCUGCCACUAUAAGGCCAUUUACUUGAAGAAAUGGAAUAGCAAUGCAGUCGUCUGUGGCACAGAUGGCACCAUCAAGUGAGGAACGUGGGGAAUCACCUACAGACUAUGGUUGUGAUUAGGAUCUGCCUCCCUACUGGGUGCGGCAGCUGCCCCAGGCCUAAGUAGAGCCCUGACCUCCAACAAUUAAAAUGUGUCACUAGACCCUUGCAGGAUUCUCUAUCCCCCUAGGUUAGUGUUUUCAACCUGUGGAUCAUGACCCUUUCACAGGGGUCACAUAUCAGAUAUCCUGUGUAUCAGAUUAUUUAUAUUAUGAUUCAUAAUGGUAGCAAAAUUACAGUUAUGAAGGA